AUGGCGGAGGAUCCCACUGCAGCCAUGGCGAAGGAAUGUAAGGUGAGAUUGAAGAUUUCGGAUGACACUAUUUUUGAGGUAGAGUAUGCCGUAGCCAUGCAGUCGCAGAUGUUAAAGAACGCUCUGAGUGACACCGGCACAGACGGCACCGUGCCUUUGCACAACAUUUCCAGUGAAAUAAUGGCGAAGGUGGUCGAGUACUGCGCAUAUCAUGUUAAUGCCGCCAACACCAUCUCGGAGAAGGAUGUGAAGAUAUGGGAUCAGGAGUUCUUGAAGGACCUUGAUCAAGCAACCCUUUUUAAUCUCAUCAUGGCCACCCAGUACAUGGUUAUACACAAUCUUCAAGAUUUAAUAUGCCAAACUGUAGCAGACAGGAUUAAGGAUAAAAGCGCAGAAGAGGUCAGAGAGAUAUUUAACAUACAAAAUGACUUGACUCCUGAAGAGGAGGAAGAAAUCAGGCAUGAAAAUCAAUGGGCGUUUGAGGAAGAAGGCUGGCCUGAAAUUCAGGAAGAAGUCAGGCUUGAAGGUUGA